UCACUCGUCUGUCUUUUUCCGUUGAUGGUCGGUCGAAGGUUUCAGUCAGCUCGAUAAAAAGUCUCCACAAAUGUAAUCUCUUCUACAGACGGCAUGGACAUGGACAUGGACACCACCCACCGCUAGCUUCAUUCAAGCAGUCCAGCCACGCAUCGAGUGAGUGAGUCUCACUCUCUUGAAUGAACACCGACCGAGUCACUCCAGACAUCAAUCAAGAAAAGAGUGCAGUGCAGUGCACCUCGACAGCAAGAAUUAGUUCAUGAGUGACCACCAGACACAUCACACACACGCGCUACAGGGAGUCCGCCCACCCACCCACUGACCUCUCUCACUCUCUCUCUCUCCUCGAUCUGCUAGCGUGGAGCAGAGAAGCACUCUCAUCCUUCCUGAUCCACUUGUGCUUCUCUCAUCCUUCCUGAUCCACUUGCGGAGUGCCAUCCUCGAGGAGUGCCGGGUCGAAGUCGGGGUCGUAGUCGUCGGCGGCCUGCCUUCUCGAGGGCCAGUCAAAGGGCGGGAUGUUGGUUUUGUCCCCGAAGCAGCCCAGCGGGAAGAGGCUAUCAGGGUACUUGCGCUUCAUCAUCCUGGUGGAUUGACGGACACAGAGAGACAGGGCAGGAGAAGAUGGCGUCCGCGCGUCUGUCUGUCUGUCUGUCUUGGUGCACCCGUCACUUACUCGUGUUCCUUGGCGAACCUCUGUGCGCAGUAGUCAGCCAACUCGAUGAACUCCUCGGUCACCUCGCCAUCCGCCUUGGUGAGCAUCGCGUCCAGCUUGGCUAUCUCCUCGUCCGUCAUGCGAUUGGGGGUGCAGACGUACUGAGCCGGCCUUGUACCAUACCGAGAUCCGGCUCGCUGCCAGUUGAGCUUUCCGCACGCCACGCGGACGCGCCAGAACUGGUGGUCUGGAUGCUUCAUGCGCGGAUUCCGGAAGAGCGGGGGCUGCCUCCAGGGGCAAG